AUGUCAGAGCUAUCCUCUGUACUUUUGAUAGGUGGUGCUGGGUUCUUGGGAUUGCAUCUGAUUCAGCAGUUCCAUGAUGCUAUGCCUGAAGCAAUGAUUCAUGUUUUUGAUGUAAGGCCGUUGCCUGAGAAACUAUCUAAGCAAUUUACCUUUAAUCCUGAAGAUAUUACGUUUCAUAAGGGAGAUCUUACUUCACCAGAUGAUGUUAAAGAAGCUAUAACAAAUAGUAAGGCUACAGUAGUUGUGCAUUCCGCUUCUCCGAUGCAUGGUAAUACCCAAAAAGUUUACGAAAUGGUGAACGUUGAGGGUACGAAGAAUGUCAUUGAAGUUUGCAAAAAAUGUGGUGUGAAAGCAUUGGUUUAUACCUCUUCAGCAGGUGUCAUUUUCAAUGGUCAGGAUGUACACAAUGCAGACGAAACAUGGCCUAUACCAACAGUGCCUAUGGACGGUUAUAACGAAACAAAAGCCAUUGCAGAAGAUAUGAUUUUGAAGGCAAAUGAUCCAGCUAAUGAUUUCUUAACGGUAGCGCUUCGUCCUGCCGGAAUUUUUGGCCCUGGUGACCGUCAAUUGGUUCCGGGUUUAAGAGCCGUUGCAAAAUUAGGACAAUCUAAGUUUCAACUUGGCGACAAUAAUAAUUUGUUUGAUUGGACAUAUGCCGGUAACGUUGCAGACUCCCACGUCUUAGCCGCUCAAAAACUGCUUGACCCAUCCACUGCUCCCAAAGUGUGCGGAGAGACGUUUUUUGUUACCAACGAUACUCCUGCCUAUUUUUGGGCCCUGGCACGUACAGUGUGGAAGGCGGAUGGUCACAUUGACAAGAAAGUGAUUGUUUUGCAAAAGCCAGUCGCACUUCUUGCAGGGUAUCUUUCUGAGUUUUUCUCCAAACUAAGCGGUAAAGAACCUGGCCUAACCCCAUUCAGAGUUAAAAUUGUUUGCGCCACUCGUUAUCAUAACAUAAGCAAAGCCAAAGAUCUAUUGGAAUACAAACCAAAGGUAAGUAUUGAAGAAGGCAUUGAAAAAACGUUGGCUUGGAUGGAUGAGGAUCUUUAA